UUACAGUAAAACAAUUGUUCUCCUCCAGAGAGACAUAGAGGGAUGGCAUGUGUAUAAGGAGGGAUUGUAGGGUUCGAAUUGUAGAAACUUUGGGAGAUGUCUGGUAAUGGAUGUGGUAUAGUCUGGUUCAGGAGAGAUCUGAGGGUAGAAGACAACCCAGCACUAGCUGCUGGGGUGAGAGCAGGAGCUGUGGUUGCUGUUUUUAUAUGGGCUCCUGAGGAAGAAGGUCACUACUAUCCUGGUAGGGUGUCAAGGUGGUGGCUUAAACAGAGUUUGGCCCAUCUUGAUUCAUCUUUGAGGAGCCUUGGCACUUCUCUCAUCACCAAGAGAUCUACAGAUAGUGUUUCUUCUCUCCUUGAGGUUAUCAAAUCUACUGGAGCUACUCAGCUCUUCUUCAACCACUUAUAUGACCCCUUGUCGCUGGUAAGGGAUCACCGGGCAAAGGAAGUUUUAACUGCUCAAGGCAUAGCUGUGCGAUCAUUCAACGCAGACUUGCUCUAUGAACCGUGGGAUGUUCAGGAUGACCAUGGUCGCCCCUUCACAACCUUUUCAGCUUUCUGGGAGAGAUGCCUUAGCAUGCCUUACGAUCCCGAGGCUCCUCUUCUUCCACCUAAGAGGAUAAUCUCUGGUGAUGUGUCUAGGUUCCCUUCAGAUACAUUAGUAUUCGAAGAUGAAUCAGAGAAAGGAAGCAAUGCACUUCUUGCUCGGGCAUGGUCUCCAGGGUGGAGUAAUGCGGAUAAGGCCCUAACAACCUUUAUCAAUGGACCAUUGAUUGAGUACUCUAAGAACCGUAGGAAGGCUGAUAGUGCUACAACCUCAUUUCUCUCUCCCCAUUUACAUUUUGGGGAAGUGAGUGUGCGAAAGGUCUUCCAUCUUGUUCGCCUCAAGCAAGUUUUAUGGGCUAAUGAAGGGAACAAAGCAGGGGAGGAGAGUGUCAACUUGUUCCUCAAGUCCAUUGGUCUCAGGGAGUACUCAAGAUACAUGAGUUUUAACCAUCCUUACAGCCAUGAAAGACCUCUUCUUGGGCACCUGAAAUUUUUCCCUUGGGUACUGGAUGAGAGCUAUUUUAAGGUAUGGAGACAAGGUAGAACUGGCUAUCCAUUGGUGGAUGCAGGCAUGAGAGAGCUGUGGGCCACUGGCUGGCUGCAUGACCGAAUACGAGUUGUAGUGUCAAGCUUCUUUGUGAAGGUACUACAGCUUCCCUGGAGAUGGGGAAUGAAGUACUUCUGGGAUACCCUAUUAGAUGCAGAUCUAGAGAGUGAUGCUCUUGGUUGGCAAUAUAUUUCUGGCACUCUUCCUGAUGGUCGGGAAUUGGACCGCAUAGAUAAUCCACAGUUCGAGGGUUACAAAUUUGACCCCAAUGGAGAAUAUGUACGGCGAUGGCUUCCUGAACUGGCUAGACUGCCUACUGAUUGGAUACAUCACCCUUGGGAUGCGCCAGAAUCUGUACUUCAAGCUGCUGGAAUUGAGCUAGGGUCCAAUUACCCUCUUCCCAUUGUUGAAAUUGAUGCAGCAAAAGCUAGGUUGCAAGAAGCACUUGCUCAGAUGUGGCAACAUGAGGCAGCUUCUAGAGCUGCAAUUGAGAACGGAACUGAGGAAGGGCUGGGAGACUCCUCUGAAUCAGCCACCUUUCCUUUUCCUCAGGACAUACAAAUGGAAAUGGAUCACGAACCUGCAAGGAACAACCCUACUACUAUGACCAGACGUUAUGAGGAUCAGAUGGUUCCAAGCAUGACUUCUUCGCUGCUGAGGGUUGAAGAGGAAGAAACUUCUUUGGAGCUCCAACAUUCAGCAGCAGAAAGUAGCGCAGAAGUGCCAACAAAUAUCGCUCUAAAUCAAGAACCAAUGCGAGAGACAUUUAAUCAAGCUUCUAUGCAAAGAGUUCAGAGCAACAACUCUUUGCCUCAAUUUGAUUUUACUAGAAGGCGGAGGAAUUCUGAAGAGUCAACAGCAGAAUCUUCCAUUGGUAGUAGGAGGGAUGGGGGUGUAGUUCCGGUAUGGUCUCCCUCAAAUUCAAAUUAUUCGGAGCAGUUUGUUGGGGAAGACAAUGCUAUAGGAACCAGUUCUUACCUGCAGAGUCAUCCGCAGUCUCACCAGCAUAUGAACUGGAGGCGGCUUUCUCAAACUGGGUGA